UUGGGGGGCAGUCAAUGUGACCUGUCACCUGAAGAAAGCGGAAGUGUUCCUCCCACAUUUUAAUUUGUUUUCAGCAGAAAUUACUUUUUAAACCACGAAGACGGAAGACGCGAAAUGAGAGGUUAAAGCGAGUUGAGCUCGAAAAGUGUUCUUUUUCGAAGGCGGAGUGCACGUCGGGAAGAUUUGGAUAUCGAAGAGGGAUGACGUCUGGCGUUUGAAGCAAACGACUCAAUUCACUGACUGAAGAGAUGACCCGGCCGAGCGACGUGAUCUCCAACGGGAGCGUGGAGUCCAGUCCGGGAGAGCCGAGCGAAUCGGACACGACGAAGACGCUGAAACAAUUCCCGCGGUACGGCUCCAUCGUGGGCGACACCUGCCCCACCUGUCGAGGCACCGGACGGAUUCCGAGAGGACACGAGGACCAGCUGGUUGCCGUCAUCCCGUGUAACGAUAAAAGACUCAAACCCAGACGCACGAAGCUGUACGUCUGCGUAUCCAUGGCGCUGUGCCUCUUACUCAGCUGCCUCAUCCUCUUCUUCCUGUUCCCCCGGAGCGUCGCGCUGACCCCCGUGUCCGUGCUGUCCGUCAUGGUCUACUUCACGCCCGACGCGGUGCAGAUGGAGGUCACGAAUCUCAUCAGCGUCAUCAACGACAACUUUGUCCCGGUCCAAAUCGUGGAGCUGGACGUCCAGGGUUUGAUCUCCCGCGCCGUGGUGGGCAAAACCAAGCUGUCCAACAUGUCCGCCAUCCCCUCCCGCUCGGAGAAAUCAUACACGUAUGAAAUCAACCUCCCCAUUACCGACAAAGGCCUCAGCACUUUCUGCCAGUCCAACGUCAUCAAGAUCCACACGUUAUUCCUGGAGCUGCAAUUGACCAUGAACAUCUCCUACUUGUCGCACACGGAGCAGCUGUCCUUGGACACCUUCGAGUACAUCGACUGCGGCACCAACUCCACCACGCCGCACCCCGUCAGAUGAACUCGUACAAGUACCAAAGUGUAUCUGCGUGUGCUUGUUUGAAACGCAUCUGAACGGCGCUACACGCAUACCGAUAAGUCGAAGCAGUUUUCAGCAUUUUUUUUUGUUUUCCCGUUUUUGCUGAUCAAAGAGAGGAAAGAGCCAAUUGUCGCAUAUCUCGGAAAAAAUGAUUCCGCGGUGCUGGCUGUGUUCACAGUGAUUUAAUUUUCGCUCAAAAAAACGGUGAAGCGCGAUGAUUGUUAAUGUUAAACUUGUUCAGUAUUUAUUGUGAUUCUCUGGAAAGAUCGACAUGAGCACCUCGUGGUGUGGGGUGUGUGAAGACCGUUUUUUUUUUUUUUUUCUCCCCCCUUUCCCGAUAUCCAAAAAGAUUCAAGACGACAAUCGGCAAUGUUAAACCUGUUCAACAGUCACGAUGAUAAAUCCUUGUGUGCGGCCAGUUAGCCAGUCAGGAAGCUCGCUGAAGCGGAAUCAGCAACCACAGCAGUAAGAACCUACAUGAUUUUUUUUUUUUUUUUUGUCCUCACGUUUGGGCUCGUGCCAAAUUUUGAAUAUGUAUCCCCGGGUUCGCCGCGACCAAAGAAAGCACCUUUGUGGCACUUUAACGGAAGGUCACGCAAGGCCGCCGACCGACCGUCUGUGAUUGUUGCACUUUACGGGAGUCGAAUCAAUUUCAGCUUUGUCACCCUGAAGCUUUUCUGACUCGAUAUUAAAGGGAAAAAUAAAUUCAGGCGAGGAUUUCACUGUUCAGUAUUUAAUGACACGUUAAUGACAGUAUUCACAUUCAUCUUGAUGCAGCCAUAAUUCACGCUGUUCAAUCUGCUGUCAUAUUCAUUGAUUGAAUCGUUUUGUCAAGCAAUUACUCGGAAAUAUAUUUGUCAAACUCGU